ACUUAUUUCCGACAACUCCCACCAAUUUCAUCAGAUUCGCUAAAAAAAAAACCAAUUUCAUCAGUUCGAAGAACUUCGAACCUGCAGCUCGUCGCGUCGCGGCCCUUUGCCGCCGCGGCGCCGGGCGCCGGCCAUGCUCACGGUGUCCCUCCUGGAUGCGCACCUCGCACGGUGCUGCUCCGCGCGCCACCUCCUCCAGAUCCACGCCCAGUUCAUUGCCUCCGGCCUCCUCGCGGACGCCUUCGCCGCCAGCCGCCUCCUGCUCUUCACCUCCGCCAGCCGCCUCCUGCCGCUCCCCUUCCACCACUCGCUCCGCCUUCUCCGACUCGUCCGCUACCCCAACGCCUUCUCCUGCAACACGCUCCUCAAGUCCGCCCUCAUCGGCGGGAUGCCACACCUCUGCCUACCACUCUACGCCUCCUUGCCAGCGCCACCCGACUCCUACACGCACCCCAUCCUCGCCGCCGCCUGCGCCUCCAGGAAGGACGUGAUUGAAGGCAGGCAGGUGCAUGCUCACGCUGUCAGUCACGGGUUUGGCGAUAAUUUGUACCUCAGGAACGCCCUGAUCUUCAUGUACUCUGCCUGCGGUUGCCUCUGGGACGCGCGCAGGGUGUUUGACGCAGGUCCCGUGUGGGACGCUGUUUCAUGGAACACGAUCCUCGCUGCCUAUGUGCAUGCUGGCGAUGUCGAUCAGGCCGUUGAGGUGUUUGCACAGAUGCCAAAGCGGAAUGCUACAGCUGUGAGCUCGAUGGUCUCAUUGUUUGGGAGGAGGGGUAUGGUGGAUGAGGCGAGGAGGGUGUUUGAUGCGGCAGAGUGUAGGGAUAUUUUCACGUGGACUGCCAUGAUUUCUUGCUUUGAGCGCAAUGACAUGUUUGCAGAGGCGUUGCAUGUAUUCUCCUGUAUGCGCCGAGAGAGGUGGCAUGUGGACGAGCCGUUGAUGGUUAGUGUGGUGUCUGCUUGUGCACAGUCAGAGGUGAUUCAGAAUGGGCAAAUGUGCCAUGGACUGGUUAUCAGAGCUGGUCUCUGUUCGCAGGUGAAUGUUCAGAAUGCGCUGAUCCACAUGUACUCAUCUUGCUUGGAUGUUUUUGCGGCCCGGAGAUUGUUUGAUAGUGGUGAGUGUUUGGACCAGUAUUCCUGGAACUCGAUGAUAGCUGGCUAUCUAAAGAAUGGUCAUGUCAAAGAUGCAAUGGCAUUGUUCAGUGCAAUGCCUAACAAGGAUAAUGUUUCUUGGAGUACAGUGAUCUCUGGUUGUGUGCAAAACAACCAAUCCUCAGAUGCACUCACUGUUUUCGAUAACAUGCAAGCUCAGGGAAUCAGGCCGGAUGAGGUUACUAUUGUCAGUGUUAUAUCUGCAUGCACUAAUCUUUCUGCUCUAGAGAAAGGCAAGUCGGUUCAUGAGUACAUAAAGCAAAACCAAUAUUACGUCUCUCUUGUACUUGGGACUAGCCUCAUUAACAUGUACAUGAAGUGUGGAUGCUUGGAAGCUGCAUUGGAAGCCUUCAACAUAAUGGAAGAAAAAGGAACGCCUUGCUGGAAUGCUGUCAUUGUGGGGUUGGCCAUGAAUGGUCUUGUGAUGAAAUCCCUUGACAUGUUCUCAGAGAUGGAAGCAUCUGACACUGCUACCCCGAAUGAGAUAACUUUCACUGGAGUUCUGAGUGCUUGCAGGCAUGCUGGCCUAGUUGAUGAGGGCCGCCACUUCUUCAAGUUGAUGCAGCACAGAUACCAGAUUGUGCCAAACAUCAGACACUAUGGAUGCAUGGUUGAUCUCCUUGGACGUGCUGGAUAUGUUAAAGAGGCUGAGGAUAUGAUUCAGAGCAUGCCCAUGUCACCUGAUGUUCCAGCAUGGGGUGCAUUGCUCGGUGCCUGCUGGAAGCAUGGUGAAUAUGAGGUUGGAGAAAGGGUGGGGAGGAAACUUGUCAAUCGGGAUCCUCUCCAUGAUGGGUUUCAAACCAUGUUAUCUAACAUAUAUGCUAAAGAGGGAAUGUGGCAAUCUGUAGAUGACCUAAGGGGAUCCAUGAAGCAACGACAUGUCCAAAAGGUUUCAGGACAUAGUGUGGUCAAAUCAUCACAUUCUUAUGAGAUUCUAGCAGGUGAUGGCACCUGAAAGCACAAUGCAGAUACAUACAACAUUCACCUGGCAUCAGCAACCAAAUUAUUUAUCUUCUGAACAUUUACUAGAGAGCCAAUGCAUGCAAAAGGAAAAAAGAAUCCCAAGUCUCAUUUGCUGAAAAAACAAAUGUGUGCAAAGAUCUGCAAUUUUGAUGAUGAGAUGGAAGCUUAAUUAUGUCGGAUGGUGCAAAUAAACCCUGCUAUUGCACAAGUAAGAGGGUAGCAGUGGCUUCGUUCGAAGGAAAGAAAUGGGAUGGCGAAAUUAAGGACUUGCAGACUAACAUUUACAUAACGAGCAUGGAGAGAGCUCAUCUAUGGACCGUGAGCGAGUGAUUGAAAAUUGUGACUGGACAUCAUGGGGAAGCAAAACUGUAAUAUUUUCCACAGGAAGAUAGGGGAGAAUUGAGGUGUGUUUCGGUACGACUUGAGCACCGGCCAUACCAUCCAGGUGACCCCGGAGGGAUUCGACGCACUGACUCCAGCAGCCAUUGAUGUAGGCCAGAGUGGUAACGGGCAACCAUCCACCAGAAGUCUGUUUUCACUGAUAUCCGCAUUGAAGCACAGUACCGCCACAUCGAGAUUUUUGACAUGAGUUUGCUGGAAGCACCACUGCAGAAUCUUGCAGAUCACUCAGUAUACCAAGCCCAAAACCGACCAUUACAACCCUUUGGUGAUGGAAGGUGGCAAGUACAUUGUGUACCAUCGUUGCAAAGUGACUAUCUCCAGAUAGAUGUAAUAUUUCGCCAAGAAUUAUGAAACGGAGGGAGUAAUAUUUUGGCUCGUGCAGCAUGGAGAUGGAGAUCAUAUCCCGAGGUAUUUCCACAAGCUGCACUCCCCACAUGAACAUGUUCGAAUGGCUCUAAGCUUGCAUUCGUUGAUAAUGAGUUCUUCCUGUCGUAACCUUCUAUCUCUGUUUUCUCUGACAACUCGUUUGGCAACACUACUUCCAUUUCAUUUUGUAGAAAUGAAAUGAAUUCUAAUUUUUGAUAGGAUUUCAUUUGGUUGAAUUUGAAUUUCGGGUUCAAAAAUCAUGUUUGUCUGUCAUAUGGAUUUGUAGAGUGAGAGAGAGUUCUAGAGAAAUGAUGGAUUUUAGAGAGGAAUUGAGGUUAGUUGUACCGUGAUUUCACGGAAUUGCAAAUUGAAUUCAUGUUUCCAAUUCCGCGCCAACCAAACAAGUUAGUUUUUAAAAUUCAAAAUAAAUUUCACAAUUCUAACCCAAAUGAUGGCUGCCAACCAAGCUGUAAGUAUUUUCUUCGAGUACUGGGUAAGACAAAAUUUGCAUAAAACUAUAGCCAUUGGUCCAUGUAAAAUAAACACGGUGCGAGUAAAAAUAUCUCCUGAACUCCGUAGUGGUCUUCUUCUUGGACGGCAGCAAAAGGGAUUCACGACCACACACCCC